AGGGGGAAGAAGGGACAAAAAAAAGAUGGCGGUGGCGGGUGUUCGUCACAGGACCCGGAAGCAGUUUCCGUUCCGUUUCCUGCCGAAAAACUUGCCGUGGAUCUUACCUAGGCCGACUAAAGUCACCGCGGGUUUCCAACGUUCCUCCCUCUCCGGAUCACCAUGGCUCUUAAAAGUCUUUCCAGGUUUUUAUCUCUUGUUCAGUCCACAACUUCAGUAUAUUUUCGAAGGAACAUUGGUAUUACAGCUGUUGCAUUUAACAAGGAACUUGAUCCUGUUCAAAAACUCUUUGUAGACAAAAUUAGAGAAUAUAAAUCCAAGAGACAGGCAGCUGGAGGACCUGUUGAUAUAGGUCCUGAAUAUCAACAAGAUCUGGACAGGGAACUGUUCAAGCUUAAGCAGAUGUAUGGUAAAGCAGACAUGAAUACAUUCCCAACAUUCAAAUUUGAAGACCCCAAAUUUGAAGAGGCACCAAAACCCCAGUCUUAAGGAGUAACUACAGAAUGUAUCUUGCUGUUUAAUUAUUUGUCAUGAAUUAGUCAUAUGACUAAUCAAUAAAUUUUAAUUUCACUUUCACCAAA